AGAGAGGGGAGCCUGGGGCGAGGGGAAGGAGCUGUCAAAUGCUCGGCUCCUAGAACCAGUGCUACCAGUCGGGCUCGGAGAGUCAUGGCGACCACAGCGUCUAACCACUACAACCUGCUGAGCUCCAGCUCUUCCAUCGUGCAUGCGGAGCCCGGCGGCAUGCAGCAGGCUUCCGGAUACAGGGAUGCACAGACUCUGCUGCAGAGCGAUUACACGCUGCAGAGCAAUGGGCACCCCCUGAGCCAUGCACACCAGUGGAUCACAGCUCUGUCUCACGGGGACGGAACACCCUGGUCUACGAGUCCCCUGGGCCAGCAGGACAUAAAGCCCAGCGUGCAGCCCAGCAGGGAGGAGCUGCACAGCGCCGGCACUCUGCAGCACCAGGGCAGGGGUCCUCAUCUGGUUCACCCAGCACACGGGAAUCACCACAGUGCGGGGGCAUGGAGGACCACUACCUCCGCUCACCUGCCCAGCAUGGCAUCCACCAACGGCCAGGGUCUCAUCUACUCCCAGCCCUCCUUCACGGUGAAUGGAAUGAUCAACCCGGGCUCCGGGCAAGGUAUGCAUCACCACGCUCUGAGGGAUGCCCACGAGGAGCACCACGGCGACCACGGCCACCAGCAGCAGCCCCAGCAGCAGCAGCAGCAGCACUCCCAGCACCAGGGACACCACGACCAUUCAGAUGAGGAUACCCCAACUUCUGAUGACCUGGAGCAGUUUGCCAAGCAGUUCAAGCAGCGGAGAAUCAAACUGGGAUUUACACAGGCUGACGUGGGCCUGGCCCUGGGCACCCUGUAUGGCAAUGUUUUCUCCCAGACCACCAUCUGCAGGUUCGAGGCCCUGCAGCUCAGCUUUAAGAACAUGUGCAAGCUGAAGCCUUUGUUGAACAAGUGGCUGGAAGAGGCGGAUUCGUCCUCUGGGAGCCCGACCAGCAUAGACAAGAUAGCAGCUCAGGGGAGGAAAAGGAAAAAGAGGACCUCUAUAGAGGUUAGCGUAAAGGGAGCUUUGGAAAGUCAUUUCCUGAAGUGUCCCAAGCCAUCUGCCCAGGAAAUCACCUCACUGGCGGACAGUCUACAGCUAGAGAAGGAAGUGGUCAGGGUAUGGUUUUGUAACAGGAGACAGAAAGAGAAACGGAUGACACCACCGGGGGGGACUAUUCCUGGGGCAGAGGAUGUAUAUGGGGCUAGCAGGGACACACCCCCCACCAUGGGGUGCAGACUCCUGUACAGUGAAUCCUCAAUGAUCAAUCAUUUAGAACUUUUGAUUGUCCUUUUUAUACUCUCCGAGAACAUAGCAGCUCGCUGGACUAUCUCACAUGGUAGCAGGUGUAGUGAUGUGUUUUGACCUUUGCAGGCGACUACCCAGGCAAUGGAGUAGAGUGAGUAUACACAACAUGUCAGGAGCUGAGACAGAAAGCCACCCAGAUACACACCAUAAACACUGGUUAAAGCAAGAGGUAGCUUUAUUCCCCGGAAUGAUGCUCAGUGCUGAUUGUAGCUUCUUAUGUCUAUUUAAUGUGGAUCCCAGUUUAACCAACAAGCAAAUUACAACACUGACGAUAUUUAUGAGUCUAAAAUUGCACUGCAAGGAAAUUGAAGUUUACAUGAAUCACUCAAUGAAGAUUUAUUUCUAAAAACAAAUAAGUAAAUAAAAACCCAAGAAUAGACUGGCAAAUUUACACAGGGAACAUUUUUAGCUACCAUUGAGUUAAUAAUAUGUUACCUUGUCCUGAUUUGUUUUCAAUUCAUAUGUGUUUGUGGACAUUUGUUAUAAACAAUGUAUUAUAAACGUUGUGUUAUUCUUAUUUACCCCUUUCAAAAUAGGCAGCUUAACAAAGUACAAUAGUUGGCACACCGGGGGAAAUGCAGUUAUAUUAACCAUAUACUAACUGCUCCAGGGAUUCACACAGGCCAUCUUAAUCAUAGUAUUAUUUUAUACUUUUAAGAUGUUGAGUAAACUUCAUUUUCAGGCAGUGUUUAGGCACAGAAGGUGAAAAAGAGAGAAAGAAUAAAAAAAAUCAAUGUGUCCUCUGAUUGCUUCAUUUUACCAAAGAGGCCUGAGGUCCUAGAGGAGGUUAAGUGUAUUCGCGAAAUGGUGCAAAAUAAUGCACCAGGGUAUUCGUGCUCUGGAGACAAUGCUGAAUAUAACGCUCUAUUAUAUCAGCAUCUCAUGCCAUGAAAGUUGGUGACUUUACAAUCCUAGAAAGGAUAUUUUCUAAUUUAAUAUUUAUGCCGAAAUAGUGCACAGGCCAGAAGAUUCCGCCCCCCCCCCCCCUAUAUUUUAUGUCCCUUAAUAUAAAGUGUAGUGCAUUAACUGUAUUUAUUUAUUAGCUAUUUACAUUUUUGUCUUUAAUUCACCUUGUGUUUUAUUAACACUGACCUACAGCUAGCGGACUGUUGCUCUGAUUAAAGAUGGCAUUUUUAUUUAUUUUUCUAGCAUUUUAUUUUAUUUUCGCCAGAUGUGUGAGUUGGAAGGGUCUUGCUUUUAUCCAUUGUGGGAAAGAGUCUAUGGGGACAAAGGAGCUACCCAUUUCAAUCUCUUUUCCCUCUAUUGUCUAUAAACUGAAUUCUUUGACAUUAUCUUGGAGGUAAACCGCUAGCGUUCAUAAAACAAAGGGUAUGGCUAUAAAUGAGGCUUCAGUCCCAAUCCUAGCUCUUAUUAUCUGACCUAAUGAAAGAAAGUUAUUGCUUAUAGCAGAGGGAAGGAAAAAUAAACAUGUUAUAAUAUACAGCGUAGCUGUAUGAUAUUGCCUCAAAUCAAAUUCAUAGUCAUGAUUAUUCUUUACUUCUGCUUACAUCUGCAUUCUUCCUAAACAAUUGCAAGCACUGAGGUAUGGUGUUGAAUAUUUAACCCAUCGGCUACAAUAGAGUUAAAACUUGUAGAAAAACUUCAUUGAAGUGUUAGGGACGAUUAUUACAGAAAUGCUACAAGUUUAGCUGAAUUCGGGAAAACUAAUACUUUAUAAGUAUCUGGAUGUUGUUAGGUGGAUACAACUAAAUCUAACUAUGUACAUAUGUUUAAAAUGUGUCUUAUAAAAUGCAGAAUAGUUUAACCCUUAAUUUUGUCUAUGUUUUUUUAAUGCUGCCCAGGGAAAUAUUUUUCAUAGCGUUUAAAGUGGCCUGCCUCACUGUAUAUUUAUUUCUUCAAAAGCAAAAAAUACUCUUGAAACAUGUUUUGUUUUGAUCUCUGUCAGAAGAGGUAGGCGAAUGAAAUCUAUAUGAAGAUGUACAGUUUCAGACUCUUCAAACAUUUUGUUUUGGUAUAUUUUGAAUGUGCUUGUGGGGAAAAAUAAAAUGCAGAUAUCCUUAUAUAUUUAUGUUAAAGUAAUAUUUUAUUAUCUACAUAAAAAAUGCACCUGCAGAAUAA